GGAACUGGCAGACACUUGAGCUGAAGGCAGUGAGCAAACAACAGCACCAACCAUGAAGUUCUACGUGUGUGCGGCUGUGGGCCUCCUGGCAGUGGCGGCGCUGGUGCACGCCGACCCUGAGCCCGAGGCCCUUGCUGAGGCUGACCCUGAAGCCUCCCGCCCCUACUACCACCACCACCACGGCUACCCCAAGCACUACUAUGGCCACCCUCACUACCACCAUGGCUACUACCACCACCACCACCACAAGCGGUCUGCUGAACCCGAGCCUGCGGCUGAUGCUGACGCGUCCAGAUACAGCUACCACCACCACGGCUACUACGGCCACCCUCACUACUACCCGCCACCCCUACCAUCCCCACAAGCGGUCUGCUGACCCAGAGCCCACCCGCCACUACUAUGGCUACCCCCAGCCACUACUACGGUUACCCCCCGCAGCUACUACCAUUAGAGGCGCACCUUUCCACUACACUCAGCAGCCGCCCUCUCCCUCACGGCGGCAGGGGCGUGUCUCUUGACAACAAUGAAUCGCUUACCCGAGGAGGCUGAGGGAGAGACGACGACACCUGGCGCAGGAUAGGCCGGUUCUGCUUACGCCGGUUUUUCUCUUGCACAUGUGUCGCCUCAGACGCCCCGGGGGCACCCGGGUGUGGUGCCGCCCUGCCCCGGCACCCUCACCCACUCCUCUGAAUAAAGUUAUCCUCCUAUGAUGUGCUCGUCUCCCUCUACCCUCAAGAAUAUGAUGUACUUCUAAAACUAACCUUACUAAUACUA